AACCCUAGUCUCCCCCCUCUCGCUCAGAUCUCUCGCACGACUAUUACCCCCUUCCACCUCGACUAGUCCCUCCCCUACGGCCCUCCCUAGUCCCUUCUCUCUAACUCCCCGUCUCGCCGGCGGCGCUAACCAGAUCAGACCACGCAGACGCAUUCACGCACCCCAGGCCCAGCCACCAUCCUUCUUGGAGUCGGAGCCCUCUCACACUUAAAGAACAUCCACUGUGACGGUCUCGGUGAUUGGAGCGGACUAGUCUAUAGUCAUUGACUCAUUGUGGUGAGUUUGAGAAGAAGGUGGAUAAAUUCGAAGAGUUUGCUUAUACUUUGAAGCUUGAGAAGCUUGAGUGAAGAAGGAGGCUGUGAACCAAAAUCAAAUCAAAACAUUGAAAUUUUGGGAGAGAUGGAGAAGGGAAAGGGAGUGAUGGGUGGAGGUCGUAGAUGGGCCGUUGACUUCUCGGACUACUCUAGUUCCCCUUCUUCCCGCGAUAUUCCUGAUCCUCCUGGUUUCUCUCGUGCCUCCCUCGAUCAGGAUGAUUCUGCUGUGAGUCGCCAGAAGAAGGAUGCUGAAGCUACUUGGAAAUCCCAGAAAACUUGGGAGGUGGCACAGGCUCCCUUUAAAAAUUUGAUGAUGAUGGGAUUCAUGAUGUGGAUGGCUGGAAGUACAGUGCAUUUGUUUAGCAUUGGAAUUACUUUCUCUGCUCUUUGGCAGCCCAUUAGCGCCUUACAGGGCGUGGGAAAGGUUUUUGAGCCGUAUAAAGAUAGCAAGGUUGAUCUUCUUGCUCCUAAGUUGUUGUUCAUUGCCCUUAAUUUGGGAGGUCUAGCUCUAGGUUUUUGGAAGCUUAAUACUUUGGGGUUGCUUCCCACGCAUGCAUCAGACUGGGUUUCAUCCUUAGCCCCUGCUCAGGAGGUUGAGUAUUCAGCUAGUGGCCUUCCUCUACGUUGAUUUUAAUGGUGAUAAAUUUUGGUUUAAACAUGCAUCAAUCUCUGAACUCCAUGACUGAAACAUACUGGAGCAGGGGAUAGACUUUUAGUGUUGUUUACUGGCUGGAUGGUUCCUUGCAGAGCACGGACAUGUGUCAUUAUUUAAAAAAAAAAAAAUUAAUAUUGAAAGUUUAUCUUAUGUCAAGGAGACUAGUUUUUGUAGUAGACUUGAUAUCUUAUUGGAUAAUGAAGAGGUUUUCUACUUUAGCUGAUAGUAUAAAUGCUGUUAAAAAAUCAGUCUGUUUAGAUUCUCGGAUGAAAUACGAACAAUAGUCUUGUAGUUUAUGCAUGAAAUGUAAAAAGAGUCGAUGUGUCUGUUAAUUUAA